UCAAUUAUGCCACUGCUUACUUCUCACACAACCACAUGCAAAUGCAAGUGAUGGUUCCCUAAUCCAUUGUUUCUGUUCAAGAAUCAAUAAUCCUUUGCUUCUCUCUUUCUCUCUCUCUACCGACAUUGUCACUCUUUAUAUCAUUGAAUUCUAAAGCAAAAGGCAAAAGCAAAGUGUAGGCUGUGACCUCUUUGCACAAAGGAAAAGAGGGUGUUUGUUGUGUCCAAAAAAUAUUGAACUUGGUUGGUUCAAAGGUUGUCAUUUUCCCAUAUCCACACUUUGUGUUACAGAGGGAAGGAGAAACCAAGGAUUAAGAAAUGGGGUGUUCCUUAAGAGUGGGUCGUGUCUUAUUGUUGGUAGUGUUGUUUGUGGCAUGUGCUAGAGGGGAGGACCCUUAUAGAUUCUACACUUGGAAUGUCACAUAUGGUGACAUUUAUCCUCUUGGUGUUAAACAACAGGGGAUUUUGAUAAACUGGCAAUUUCCAGGGCCACAAAUCGAGGCCGUGACCAAUGAUAAUUUGAUUAUCAAUGUUUUCAACAGCUUGGAUGAACCUUUCCUCAUAUCUUGGAACGGAGUGCAGCAGAGGAGAAACUCAUGGCAAGAUGGAGUGUAUGGUACCAAUUGUCCAAUUCCACCGGGGCAGAAUUUCACUUAUGUUCUUCAAGUGAAGGAUCAGAUAGGUAGUUACUUCUACUACCCUUCCCUUGCAUUCCACAAGGCAGCAGGAGGUUAUGGUGGAUUCCAAAUUGCGAGCCGCCCCAUGAUUCCAGUACCUUUUCCUCCUCCAGCAGGAGAUUUCACCAUAUUGGCAGGAGACUGGUACAAGAGAAAUCACACUGAUUUGAGGGCAAUUCUAGAUGGUGGAAGUGACCUUCCCUUCCCUGAUGGAGUUAUCAUCAAUGGACGUGGUUCCAAUGCCUACACAUUCACAGUUGAUCAAGGCAAGACAUACAGAUUCAGGAUAUCUAAUGUGGGGCUCACCACUUCCAUCAACUUCAGAAUCCAAGGGCAUAAGAUGACAAUUGUUGAGGUGGAAGGGACCCACACUCUCCAAAACGUUUAUGACUCACUUGACAUUCAUCUGGGGCAGACUUACUCCGUGUUGGUUACUGCUGAUCAACCACCCCAAGACUACCAAAUUGUUGUCACAACACGAUUUACAUCACAAGUGUUGAAUGCUACCUCCAUUUUACGUUACAGUAACUCUGCAGGAAGUGUUUCUGGUGUUUUCCCUUGGGGACCAACUGUUGAAGUUGAUUGGUCCUUAAACCAAGCUCGCUCUCUCAGGAGGAAUCUGACAGCAAGUGGGCCGCGACCUAAUCCACAAGGAUCUUACCAUUAUGGUAUGAUAAACACAACCCGCACAAUAAGACUUCAAAAUUCUGCUCCAAUUAUCAAUGGCAAACAGAGAUAUGCAGUCAAUAGUGUGUCCUUCAUACCUGCUGAUACACCACUUAAACUGGCCGAUUACUACAAGAUCCAAGGAGUCUUCAACCUUGGAAGUAUCCCUGACAACCCCACUGGUGGUGGUGGCUACCUUCAGACUUCUGUCAUGGAAAGCAAUUUCCGAAGCUUCAUCGAGGUUGUGUUUGAGAAUCCUGAAGAUACUGUGCAGUCAUGGCACAUUGAUGGCCACAGCUUCUUUGUAGUAGGAAUGGAUGGAGGGCAAUGGUCAGCAGCAAGCAGGCUAGGUUACAACUUGAGAGAUACAAUUUCUCGUUCCACAGUUCAGGUGUAUCCCAAGUCAUGGACUGCACUAUACAUGCCUUUGGACAAUGUGGGAAUGUGGAAUGUGAGGUCUGAGAAUUGGGCCCGUCAGUAUUUGGGCCAGCAAUUUUAUCUUAGAGUCUAUUCCCCUACAAAUUCGUGGAGAGAUGAGUACCCAAUUCCAAGUAAUGCUCUGAGGUGUGGCAAGGCUGUGGGCCACUACAAUCGGGCUUUAUAAUGCUGCUACUAACAUUAGGAAUAUUAUUGUUUGAACAGUGUCAUUCAUUUGCUUCUAGGGCUCAACUCAAGCCAUUUUUCUCUUGCUCUUUUUGCAGCAGUCAUGUUAUAUUACCAUAGAUUAUAGAAUUAUAGAUAAUUGCCCCUUUCCUGCUUCUCUUCAUGUGUCCAAAGUCAGUUGUAAGAUAAUCUGUGCUUGGAUUAUGAUAUUCAUAUUUAAACUAUUUAUUUAUUUAGAUAGGUUCAAGGGACCUUAUAUUAAUGUGCCAUGGGAAUUGUAAUGAGAUUGUUAUUACUAUUGUACUAA